AAAGACCAGCGAGGUGCGCGCCACGCACUAGUAUCACAGCGAGCUGUUAGAAGAAGAAGCAUCUUCGCCAUGGCCACACAGCAGAAUGGGCGUCCCGAUUCGAAAAACCCCGCUAAGCUUCCAGAGCCGCCAGAACAGUCAGAGCAGCCAAAUAGCGGAAACAAGAAGCAGAAGAAAAGGAAGAAGCGCCGCUCAAAAAGCCCGCGUAAGGCCAGCGAUGGCUCGCAGGAGUCGACGCUCACUUCGCAAGCAUCGGCGGCAUGGAGUACACUCCUGACCACGGAAGACGGGGAAACAGACAACGCAUUGCCGUUCCAAAGUGCAAAGCGUCCGAAAGUCUCCUCGGGUAGUGCAUCGGCUGACAGCGCCGCGCCCCUAGCAGCCGGAUGGCUAACACGCAAAGAUCCCACCAGCAGCGACGCGCCGCAACAGCAACAGAUGACCGUCGCCAAAAGGAGCACGCCUGUCGAAGCAUUGCCGCAGACGAUCACCGCCAAAAGCAGCUCGUCUGCUAAGCAAUUGCAAAAGACGGCACUCGCGGAGAGUAGCACGUCUGCUAAGGAAGUGCCAGAGCCCCGUGCUCCAUCAAGACGGGAACGACUGCCGUCAGAAGCCUCAUUCGUCGGCAUGUCGUUCGGCACGUCUGGUCCAAGCAGCAGGCGGACAUCGUCUCGUCACUGGGGUGGCAGCCUGUUCGACCUGUCUCCCAGCACCAGGCUCGACGAGACGACGCUGGUCCUAGGAUCUCGCGCGAGCAUGCCCGAGAUCUUUGGAGGCUGGGCCCCAGACGACAGGUCGCCGGAACGUCAAGGCGCCGGCGCCGCGACGGGAGGCAGGGCGGCGGAGUCGCUCCAACGUCCCGCGUCACCUAAAGACGGUGCCACGCCGUCGCGACUCUCCAGAGGACCAAGGCGACUCUCUGCCGUGCGAUGGCUGUCCGAUACCGAGCAAACACCGGAGAGACGUUCUGCAGCGGGCACUUCGGCAGCGCUGUCACCAGGACAUCCGACGAAAGGCGCUCGGACCGAGUCUGAGAUGCGGGCAGGGCGAGCUCCACACGCCGCAGUCAGAGUUCCGCGGAGCGCCAGGGUAGGUCGCGAAGAAAUGGCGGUCGCCUGCUCCCUCUGCUGUACGUUCUGGCUGACGUCGCUCGGCGUCCUGCUGCUUUUCUGGGGUCACGCGGCGGACGACCGCGACGACCCGCUGUGCAAGACCGAGGACUGCGUCAGGCACGCCGAGCUCAUCGCCGCCAUCACCGCCGCGACGAACGUGGACCCCUGCGAAGACUUCGGUGCUUACGUCUGCUCGGCCUUGUCGUCACCAGCCAGCCUGGCUGCUCGAGGUCGGGCUGGCCACCCGCACGCGGUGCCCUCCGCCGUGGACGCCGCCAUCUACGCCUGGUUGGACGGCUUGGGAGAGACGCUGCGCAACGGCAGCUCCGCGCUGCCAGCCGGUCGCAAGCCCCUGAAGAUGUACGAGCUGUGCAUGGGAGGAGACGACUCGCGCCACUACGGCGCCGACCCGACGGAGUUCUUGCGGUUCUUGAGAGAGGUCGGGCUGAGCUGGCCCGAGGACCCACCGAAAGGCGUGGACGCCAUCUCCGUCUUCGUUUCGCUCGCCUUCAACUACGAGGCCCCGGCGUGGUUCUCGGUGGCCGUCGCGGAGUCGCCGUCAGGCUCUCAGGACUGGAGGCUGGUCGUCUCUCCGGACCGUUACACGUCCGCGCUGUGGGCGCAUCACAAGACCACGGUCAAUUCCGGGGCGUACGUCUCCUUCUGGCAAGGUAUGUGGCGAUCGCUGGUGGGCGACUCUGCGGCUUCCCUCGAUGAUAACGCGAUCAACAAGACGGCUGCGAUGGAAGACGACAUUUUGUGGAAGCUUUACCGAGCGCUGACGAAGCCGCUGAAAAGGACGGCGCUGUCCUCGGUCGCGGAACUUGCAAACUACACGACCUCGAUUUCGUCCGCGAGUUGGUUCAGGGCGCUGACGUUGAGUCUACCACUGCGUCCUACGCUCGCUACCGAGAUCUUCCUAACGGACGUAGCCUACGUGAGAACCAUCGGCGACCUGUUCGCCACGUACGACGACCAGAAGCUGGUACGGCAUCUGUCUUGGAGCUUCGUGAAGAUGUACGGACCAGUCGCGAACCCUCAUUUGUUUGUCGAUCGCCUCGAGGACGCCAAGAUCGCCCUACUCUACCGUCCCUUGUUUUGCGGCGUCAACGUCGAGGUUCCGUACAGGCUGCUUGUUUCGGCCCUGUACUUCGCCGCGCGAAUUUCCGACCACGACAAGGCGUCCGUCGACGCCACUUUCGACAGCCUGAUCCUCGCGGCUGCGGAAAAGGUGUCCAACUCCAGUUGGCUGGACGCCGACAGCAAGCACCCGGUCGAAGCAAAGAUCAAGGCCGUCAACGCGAGUAUCUGGCCCGACGAGGAGCUCCUGAGGACGGACGUCCUGGAAGCCAUGCACGAGGAGUUUCCCGAAGACAGGUCCUCUUUCUCCGCGUACUGGGUCGCCUCUCGGAGGGCGAUUCGUCGGGCCAAAAGUCGGACGCUCUACCGCCGACACUCGGUUGGCCCGAUCGGUUCCGAAGAGCCGUACCUGACUUACGACGCCGUCGCGAACAGCGUACUGGUCGCCUUGGGCGCGCUCGUCGCGCCGCUGUACUACCGGAACGGCACCCGAGGCGCGCUGUACGGCGGCAUCGGCUUCCUGAUGGCACUCGAGAUCGUCAAGUCGAUCGACCGGGAAGGUCUGCGAUGGGACCCCAACGGCAACGCAGUCGAUUCGUUUCUGUCGCAGUUGUCGCUGGAGGAGUUCGUCCUGCUCAACUCGUGCCCCGGCCGAGGGCAGCGACAGACCGCGUUCCCGGAGAUUCCAGCGCUGGAAGUGGCGUACGCCGCGCUUCAGAGGGCGCUGAAGAAGGACGGGCGUCGUUACAGAAUCGCCAGACACCUGACUGAAGAAAAGGUGUUCUUCAUAACCCUCUGCUACGUGACGUGUGCGCUGAGGGGCACGGACAACCACACGGGCACCGACUGCAACAAGGCGGUGAAAAACUUUCCCGAGUUUGCGAGGGCGUUUUCCUGCCCCCGCGGGUCCAAGAUGAACCCGCGCACGAAGUGCGUGUUUUUCAACUGAACGAAAUGUGAAAGCCGACUGAUGACUGGGGUCUAUGGACCUCCCUAACCGACCCUCAUUUGAAGAUAUACCUCGAUGGGACGAUCUUGUUUCGGCGUGUUAAAGAUGGGAGAAAGCGCGACUGGACUACGACAGAAGCAGGAAGCGUUCGCCAGUCGCCCGCUUUUGUGCGAAUGCCGUUCCGGUCUUCAUUGCGGUGUCUCAUUCUGGUUCUCUGCUUGAGAACUUAUUCUGCGUCGUGUGCGUCGUUUAGUUCAGCAGUUAUUCGGUGUCUAGUCAUUACGCGUCGCUGUGUUUGCCACGCGCACAAAACAAAACGGUAAAUCUUGCUUUUGCGAACGCAUUUUUUUUUAAUGAUUGGGACACUUUCUUUUUCUUUUGUUUCGUUUUUCUUUCUCCGGUCUUUCUGACUGUGCACCCCUUUUCUCGUGUUUUCACUGUCUUCAGUGCGUGAUUUUUUGAGAAUACAGCCGCUAUCGUAUAAUGGAA